AUGAGUAAUCUUCCAUUCCCCAUUUUUGUGCAAAACAAGCCCGUUGAUCCAGACAACAAGAGAGCAGCUUUGGCAGCAGUUGGACAAUGUCGAUUCUAUCCAUCCACUUGUAGUAAUCCCUCCGAUUAUGCUGAAUUUCAAGACAUUUGUGCCAAAAACAAAGAACAAGCCUUGGUGGAUACGGACACGCCCGAAACCAAAGAUGAAAGCAAAAAGCUGAAAAAGAAGUACAUGAAGCAAGGUGUGGCCAUGGCCUCGAAAUACCUUCGUCAAACACUACAAUUGGAUGUCAGCAUCAUUUCAGUUCAAGUUGUCUUGGAGGGAAAGCAUAUUUUGGAAACCGAUGGGUGCUUGGUGGCAUGUAUGUUGGAUGCUGGAUGUGCUGCCAUUGUUGUGGAUGGAUUGAAUUUAGCCGCCUUGGAUGCUGCGAAGGUUCCUCGUGAACGCAUUGUGGCCCACUUUUCCUCGUCGGAAGCUGCAACUUCGGAUGCCAUUCAGGCGGCGUUGUCAUUCGCCAGUUGCAUCAGUGUCGAACUAUCCAACAACUCGCUCGAAACAGUCGAUUCUACUUUAUCUCUAGUCACGGAACAGUCUGAUACCGUAGACUUUCAACUGACGGCUCCAUCUUCCGAUAUCGUCGCACAAAUUAUUUCCCAAAGUAAGGCAAGCGUCGGACUCGUGGAUCCAUCGGCCGAUUUGUUGGGAUCCAGUUGUAUUGCUUGCAUGAAACAAUCAGAUCGUCAAGACGGAUUAUACGCUACGGUGGUAUGUACCCGAGCUAGUGAAGCCUUGGGUUUGGAGUAUUCUUCCAAGGAUUCCAUUAUUAUUGCCUUGGAGUCUGGUGCUGGUAUCUAUUGUUCCCGUUCCGACGGUACCACUACUUCCUCUGAAAAUAAGGCCGCCCAAACUUUGCACCGCCUAGAUUUGGAUUUCCAUGGCGACGCCCUUCGAUUUACCGUGACGCAAUCCUCUGGGGAUGAUGCAAAGAACGGUAAUGGCAAGCCUAGCACUGUUACUGCUUGGGGCACUCCAACGGGCAUUCGUCACUUGGAGGACACCCUCAAGGACCGACUCCAGUCAGCACCGGAAGGAUCCUACACGAAGCGAUUGUUUGAUGAUCCUGACUUGCUCCGAGACAAACUGGUAGAAGAGGCCCAAGAAUUGGCCGAAGCCGAAGACUUUGACGAGGUAGCUGGUGAAUUGGCCGAUGUCAUGUACUUUGCGUUGGCCCGAGCCACCAAGGCGGGCGUCAAAAUGGAAGAUGCCGUGGCUGAAUUGGAUCGACGAACGAGAAAGGUCACACGGCGAAAGGGAGAUAGCAAGGCAUUCCGUAUUGCCGCAGGAAAUGCCAUUCUAGGCAAAAAGUAA